AUGCACACCAAAGGCCCCGCCCCGCAGCACCACGAUGGCAGCAACCUGCGCAUUGGCAUCGUCCAUGCCCGUUGGAAUGACACUAUCAUUGAGCCUCUGCUCGCCGGCACAAAGGCCAAGCUUCUCGAGUGCGGAGUGAAGGAGGCGAAUAUUGUGGUGCAGUCGGUCCCUGGCUCAUGGGAGCUACCGAUUGCCGUUCAGCGCCUCUAUGCGGCCUCCCAAGUACAGUCUUCGUCGGCUGGCAGUGGCGGCUCGGCAGGGGACUUGCUGGGCAGCUCGACCACCGACCUGACAACUCUGUCGGCCACGGCAGCUUCGACGGGGCCAUUCGACGCAAUCAUUGCCAUUGGCGUGCUGAUUAAGGGCGAGACAAUGCAUUUUGAAUAUAUUGCUGGAAGCGUCUCGGACGGGUUAAUGCGUGUGUCUCUGGACACCGGCAUACCUGUCAUCUUUGGCGUUCUUACUGUUUUGAAUGAUGAGCAGGCCAAGGCUAGGGCGGGCAUCACCCCGGGAAGUCACAACCAUGGCGAGGACUGGGGCCUGGCGGCUGUUGAGAUGGGCGCGAAACGGAAGGCCUGGGCAGCCGGCAUCAUCGAAUAG